CUUCAAUAUCGUUGUAGUUACUCCUGCAAGCUUCAGAAUGUCAAUGCACGCCGGCAGAAGCACAGCCGGGCCGUGCACGGACAGUUUCCGACGUCACCCCACUCGAGCUUUCACUGCGAGCUUCAACGUUGCGCGCACUGUGUAUCGUAAGCGGUGAAACGGUCGUGCCCAUACUAAUCACCAGUCUUUCCUCAGGAAGCAGCGGCGCGACUGAAUCAUCUAUAUCGUUUAUAAGGCUGUCCUCUUUGCAGCAUCAGGGCGUGCUUAACGACAUUGGAAGAGGAUUGACGGCUUAACCGGCUUUGCGGAAGCUUGUAAAGGACGGUGAACGCGUGAAAGUUGGAGUGUCAGAGCCUGGUGCGGUACCGUUCGAGCAUGUCACAGUCAGACGUGCACAGACGAUAGCCAUAGAAGGCGAAUGCACAGGAUGGCGGAAGGAGAGGGAGAUACGCAUGAUCACGGCCCACCCAAGGACACUGCCGUGGAAAGUGCGAAAAAGGUGCUGAAGCAGCGGACAGCAUUCCCUCAACUCGCAGUAUGGACAGUAAAUCUGUCCAGUGCGGAGGUAAAUAGCUUCGCUGGAGCAACGGCGGGCAUGGCAAGCGGCUUAGUGACAUGCCCUUUGGAUGUGAUCAAAACGAAGUUGCAGGCACAAGGUGGGUUCACAACGUUGGCCGGCCACCGAGGUGGUGCUGAGGCUGGUCACCUGUACCACGGACUUCUGGGUACUGCAAGAACCAUCGCAGCAGAAGACGGCUUACGUGGCUUCUAUCGCGGUCUUGGUCCCAUGCUCUUGGGCUACCUACCAACGUGGGCAGUGUACAUGGCGGUGUACGAUAGCUCACGCGACUACUUCUACAAGCACGGGUUCGCUGAAAGAGAGUCCGAUAAGUGGUUCGCUCGCAUCUAUGCCUCGCUCACCGCUGGAGCUUGCAGUACCCUUGCUACGAAUCCUAUCUGGGUAAUCAAGACCCGCCUCAUGUCACAAGUUAGUAGGUCUGCUUCGGACGGAGCCAGGACACCAUGGCAGUAUGCCAGCACGCUAGAUGCAGCGCGACAGAUGUGGAGGGCUGAGGGUGUAGCUGCCUUCUAUUCCGGGCUCACACCGGCUUUGCUUGGCUUGACGCACGUCGCCAUCCAAUUCCCACUUUAUGAGUACUUCAAGCAACGAUUUACGGGACUUGAGAUGGGCGAGUCGCCUGCCGCUGCUGGCUCGGAAGCCCGGAAUACUCUUGGUAUACUGGCUGCAACCUUUCUCUCCAAGAUCUGCGCCACAUCAGCGACUUAUCCCCACGAAGUUGUUCGUACCCGCCUCCAGACCCAACAACGGCAUGUGCAUCCGGAGAGCCAGGCUAACGGCGUGGCCGCGAAUCACCACAGCCAAGCACUUCCGACCACAGGCAAGCGCAUCGGUAACACCGACGGUGUAGCCUAUCGGCCUCGGUAUCGCGGCGUGAUCCAGACAUGCCGUAUCAUUCUGCGCGAGGAAGGUUGGCGAGCGUUCUACAACGGCAUGGGUACGAACAUGGUCCGUGCAGUGCCCGCGGCUAUGACAACAAUGCUCACAUUCGAAAGCGUCAAGGGUGCGAUUUUCCGGCUGCAAGAUCAAGGGCGGGAUAUCAUGAAGGAGGAUGGAUGAAGGAUGGACAGCUUCAAUGUUGUUGUUGCCUGAGGUUUAAGGUAUAGGUGGUGACCGAGGCUUUGAGCUGCACCGGAUUGCAUUGCUUCAGCAUCUGCGUACUAGGUAUUCCUAGGGAUUUCUACGACGACACUGCGAGCGUUCUUUUAGCACGGAGUUCGGGAGUUUGACCUGCUGCAGUCAGCAGCUACCAACCUAGGGAACACACCGUCCUGUACUCUGGAUCUUCUUCAGCGAAGCCAGUUUUCUUGCACAGAUGCUGUCCUCGCAAUUGAUUCAACCGCUAGCC